GUCGCCAGAGGGGCAGACGCGAGCAGAGGGCGCGGGUGGCCAGCAGUCAGUGUGUCUCAGGGUCCUGAUGAGACAUGGCAAGUGGCACUGACGUGGUGGCCAUUGACUGUGAGAUGGUGGGCGUGGGGCCCGGUCGGGAGAGCGGCUUGGCCCGCUGCAGCCUCGUGGACCUCCACGGCACCGUGCUCUACGACCAGUUCAUCCGGCCCGAGGGGGAGAUCACUGACUACAGGACCCAGGUCAGCGGGAUCACGCCUCGGCACAUGGAGCAGGCCACGCCGUUCGACGUGGCCAGGCUGGAGAUCCUGCAGCUCCUGAAAGGCAAGCUGGUGGUGGGUCACGACCUGAAGCAUGACUUCCAGGCCCUGAAAGAGAACAUGAGCAACUACUCCAUCUACGACACAUCCACCGACAGGCUGCUGUGGCGGGAAGCCAACCUACAGAACUGCAGGCGCGUCUCUCUCCGGGUGCUCAGUGAGCGCCUCCUUGGGCGGCGCAUCCAGAACAGCCGCUUUGGGCACAGCUCAGUGGAAGACGCCAAGGCAACGAUGGAGCUUUACCGAAUCUCCCGGCGAAUUCGAGCCCGCUGAGGGCUGCCCACCUGAUGCUCCAGGACAGGAGCUCCCUUCGGCCCCUUCCACAGGAACUUCCCCAUGGUCUUGGCCUCUUCAAGACAACAACUCCCUUGCUUUUGGGAAAUGCAUAUUUUGUGGUAAAAUAGCUAUUUUUUCUACUCCA